AUGCAAUACGUGAUAGCUUAGCAAGAGACUCCUGCUUAGAUCAGUGCUAAGUCUUAAUCAGGGGGUGGAUACAUUCAAAGUCAAUAUUCCCAGUCCUCAGGUGGAAUUAAUUAUGGGAAUUAGUAGCUGCUGGGUGGUUAGUCUUAUUCUGCAACGCUUAUGAGUGGCUUAAAGAAUUCCUCAGAUAAAUCAGUAUUCAUGAGACAUGGAGAGAUUAAGUCUAAUGUUUCCAUUGAUAUUAAAGCACUUAGAGAUAUGAAUAAUGUGCUGAAGAUGCUUUCAGAAUCAGAGCAUGAGGAUCUAUUAUAUGCAAUAAAUGAAGAUACACUAGGCUAGAUUUGUAAAUUCCACAAUAUAAGCAAAAAAGAUGCAUUAAACAGACUUCAGACUGAUAAAUCUCCUCUAAGAUAACAAAAUGCUGCCAAAAAGGGUGCAAACUAAAGCUUAAAAAUGUAGCCCAGCGAUCUCAUGCUAGAUAUUUAAUAAGAUCCAAUCAGUCCAAUGCAGUAGCAACUAAAUGGAAUGAAAGUAUUUUUUUAAUACUUCAUCGUCAUUGAACUCUCACUGAAUAGCAAGAUAUUAGAACCCAAAUUUUACACAGGAAUCUAAAAUUCAUAUGAGAUUAGUGAGAAAAUCAUAUUUCCGAUAAGAUAUUGCGACUUAGCGACAAUAUCUUUGAUUGGUAUUACUAUCUAUGAUAUGAAGAGAACAUUUAACGAGAGUUUGAUAGCAAGCUCUACUAUUGAUCUAUUUGAUGAAAAACUAAGACUGAGGUAAGGUACCUUUAACAUAGGUCUAUGGCCAAGUUAAAAAGCAGAUAUAAGUCUGUAAUCAAAGACUCCUGGACUUUAUGAAAAUCAGGCAUUAAGAGAAAUUAAUACCUUACUAAGCAAAAUAGACUAAAAUUCCAAGAUAUAGAAUAGUACUCUAAAUAAAGAUCCUCGCGAAUGGAUUGACAAAUAAAGCCGCGAAGCAAUUAAUGCCAAGCUGUUUGAACUAUAUAUUGAGAACAAUAAUGCCUAUCUUGAAAUCGCAUUCCCUGAGUUUGGCUAUACAGUUCUAUACUCAGAUAUCAUGAAUCAUGCUCUCAAAAAUCAAUAUAUCUUUCCAUCAACAUAGCUGCUGCAAUACAAUAAUACUGCAAGUACCCUGAAUCCAAGUGACAGUAUUUUUUAAAAGAUUAUUCAAAUUCAAAACCCUAAUAAUAAUCAGCAGCAAAGAGAGGACAACGUUUUCUCCGGCAUUGUUAAAUUUCAUGACCCACUCAUUAUGAUGAAUACUCCUGAUUUCCUGAAGAGAUCGAAUCCAAUUACCCAGAAAUAUUACAUUCUAACUAGAGAUAUUGAUGAAAGUGGAGCCAAAGACCUUACACCUAAUGCCGAGGAAACUGAAUAUAUUAAUGAAAUCAUAAACCUUCCUGACUUUUCAAAUCUUAGUGUAGAAUAGAAAGCCUUACUCUGGCAUUAUAGAUACUCGCUCACUAAAAAUAAGAAAGCUUUGGUAAAGUUCUUAUAAUGUGUGGAAUGGACUAAGGAAAAGGAAGAACAAGAAGGGAUGAGACUACUAAAGAACUGGCAAGAAAUAGAUAUUGAAUAGGCACUUCCGCUUCUUUCAUUCAUGUUCUGUGCAAAUAGAAUAUAUUAACCUCAAAUCUCAUUUCCAAAUCAGUAUUAGAGAUUUAACGAGAUCAGAACAGUGGCUGUGAGAUGUCUAGAGAAGCAAUAAUACGACUAAAUUAAUUCAAUUAUGUUGCAACUCGUCUAGGCUUAUAGAUAUGAGUACUUUGAUUCAUCUCCACUCAGGAAAUUUUUGCUGAGUAAAGUAAUACAGGAUGAGGAACUUGCCAAUUCAUUCUAAUGGCAUGUGAUGCUUGAAGCUGAAAACGAAGAAAACGGUGAUAUGCAGCCUAACUUUUAAGAACUGUAUAGAGAAUUCAGAGAAGAACUCGGCGCUGAGAACCCUUAAGUUUUAGAGUAGAUCUAGAAAUAGAUAAAUUUCAGAAAUCAACUGUACGAGUUAGCUACUGCCAUUAAAGAAAACAAAAAGGAGAAGCAUAAUUAAAGAAAUGAGAACUUGAAGAAGUAGGUCUCAAGGUCAGGAGCCCGUGAUAUGACUCAUUUCGACCCUCCAAGACAGAUGCCUAUUGAUCCCAAGAUAUUCGUAAGAGGCAUUGAGCCACAGAAGUGCUUUGUAUUCAAAUCUGCUAUGUGCCCUUUGAAACUGUCUUUCCAUUAUCAAAUCGGCGAGGAUGGUGCUAAAAAGAAGGAGCAAGCAGAUUAGCCUAAGUUAUACAGUGUAAUGUACAAGCAUGGUGAUGAUGUGAGACAAGAUCAGUUAGUUCUUUAAAUCCUAACUUUGAUGGAUAACCUUUUAAAAUAAGUCAAUCUCGACUUCAAAUUCACUGCCUAUAAGGUGCUUGCUUUCUCAACCAAGGACGGCAUGUUAGAAUUUGUUCCUGAUAGUAAGACAAUUUAGGAUAUAUUGAAGGAAAACAAGAACAGUAUUGAGGACUUUAUGAAGGAACUCGCUCAAAAAGACGAAAAGAAAUACGAUGAACUUUUAGACACAUAUAUAAGAUCUUGCGCUGGUUACUGCACUGUUACCUAUUUACUAGCAGUAGGAGAUAGACAUCUAGAGAAUCUCCUGAUAGACAAAUUAGGCCACUUAUUCCACGUUGACUUUGGGUUUAUCUUUGGCAAGAACCCCCCAGGUAAGAACAUUAUGGCUCCACCCAUUCGUAUAUGCAAAGAGAUGAUUGAAGGCAUGGGAGGCAACACUCAUCCAAAGUACGAGCUGUUUAAGAAGAAGUGUGUUGAGUCCUUCCUUUACCUCAGAAACUACCAAAGACUGAUCUUGAAUCUAUUUCACUUGAUGAUACAUGCUGGCAUCAAGGAUCUGAACUAUUUAGAGCAUGAAAGAGUCCUCAUCGCUAUGUAUGAAAAGUUCAUGCCAAACAAAAAUAACAUUGAAGCUGAGAAGGAAUUCGUGAACAUCAUCAAGGAAAGUGUCAAUGCCUUCUUCCCAAAAGUUAUGGAGAAGUUCCACGUCUGGGCACAAUAUAUGAAAUGA